GCGGAAUCUUUUGGAUUGCAAACUGAUUCUAUGCCAUCGCUUCGUAAUAUAUUCUCUCAACGACAUAGAUUUGUGCACAUAUUCGUAAAAAGCAUGCUGGUUUUGCCUGUUCCAGUCCUAUCGGACAACUAUGCAUAUGUCUUGGUGGAUGAGGAUUCAAAAGAGGGUGUAGUAGUGGAUCCGGUAGAACCCCACAAAGUGCUGCCCGUUAUUGGCCAGAAGGGAAUCACCCUAAAUGGAGUCUUAACCACGCAUCACCACCAUGACCAUGCAGGAGGCAACACGAAGCUGCUGCAAGAGAAGCCCAAUGUAACAGUGUGGGGUGGAGACGACCGGAUUCCGCAGCUCACACAUCGAGUCAAAGACCAGGAGGUAUUCCGUAUUGGUCGCUUGGAGGUUACAGCCUUGUACACCGUUUGUCAUACUAGGGGCUCAGUUUCCUACUACGUCGUGGAUCCAAGCACAAAUGACAAAGCCGUCUUCACUGGCGAUACGCUGUUCAUUGGCGGAUGUGGCAGAUUCUUCGAAGGGGACGCGAAACAGAUGUAUAACUCUCUGCAUAAUGUUCUUGGUCGUCUUCCGAAAGAUACCAAAGUCUAUUGUGGUCACGAAUACACAAAGUCAAAUCUUCGUUUCGCGGCACAUGUUGAACCCAACAAUUCUGUCAUAAAAGACAAGCUUGCCUGGUGCGAGACUCAUGAAUGCACGGUUCCUUCGACAAUUGGCGAUGAAUUUGAGUAUAAUCCAUUUUUGCGUCUGAGUUCCCCUGAGAUUCGAAAAGCAGUUGGAUUGGAUGCCCAAGCCGAUCCAAUCGAAGUUCUUGCCCGACUGCGGGCAAUGAAGGAUAAUUUCAAGUAGAAUUUGCCUUGUAGCGGUAUAUAGGUUGCUUGUGGACAAAGCAGAAAUGGUAGUGCAAAUGGACGAGGACCUUGGACAGUAGAUAUCAUGCAGUAGGAUGAUGCCUAUAGCAGGCUAUGAGGGAUCAGCUCCGGACUCUGGGGGACUUCUUGAGGUAGAGCUUGUACACCCUAACAUCAAACACUUUCCAACUUUGAUCUCGCUGCUA